GUAGUACUACCCAAGUACCUCAAUGAUGCUCCAUCUCUGCCUCGCAAACACCGCCCAGACAACGAACUCACAGCCAAUCCGACUUGCACGCCAGAAAACCGCAUGACAAUCCUAUUAUAAAUAACCGAAGCUCUCCCUCGUCAACAAUGCAAACAACACACAGUCACCCAACCAGUCCGCCUCUCCCCACAUCCCGCGCCCUGCUAACCUCCCUGAUCACCUCCAUCUCCAACAUCCCCCUCCUGGACGUACCCGACUCCGACAGCCAUGGCAAAGCCAGCCACAGACUCAUACAGUCCGAACACUACAACAGCAACCCGCUCCGUCGCGUGCCCCCUUCCCACAGACAUCUCAUCACCACCCUGCACGUGCUCUUUCCGGGGAUGGUUCUGCCCGCUCUGGAUCUACUUGAGCGCGGAUUCGUGAGUCGAGUGAUUCCCGAGCAUAGGGACCCCGCCGACGGAGAUGCAGCCGUGAAGCGAGGACGCCCUAAGAAUUCCGGAGCCGGAGUUGGAGCCGGGGUAAGGGUGGAGGAAGGGGAAGGGGAAGCGGAGGGCCACGACGCGUCCUCGUCAUCCGCUUCGGCGCAUGUCCCUCCUUUUGAAGCGGUGUCCUCGCGGGGAGCAGGGAACGCAUUUUAUUUCGUCGGUUCUGCCUCAGCAGCGGCGGCGGCGACGCAAUCCAGCAUGCGUGGAAGGAGACGAGGAAGGAGGAGGGCAGACAGUGAUGGCGGGGCGGGCACGGCGAUUGCAGGGAAGAAGGGGUAUGUUGUGCGGUUGGAAGCAUGGCACUGCACUUGUGCUGCGUUCGCGUUCGCUACGGUCCAGGGGGAAGCGGUAAGGUCAAGCUGGGAGGUGGAAUCGUUAGAGCUUGGGGCAGAGCUUCGGGAGACGGGGGUGGAGAGGGAGAUCGAGCCGGAGUGGUCGUUUGGUGGGACGAGUCUCGACGGGUUGGUGGCUGGCGAGGGGAUCCCCGUCUGUAAGCACCUGCUGGCGUGCGUGCUGGCUGAGAGGUGGAGUGCUGUGUUGGGGGGCUAUGUGGUUGAAUGCAGGGCUGGAAGAGAGGAGAUAGCAGGCAUUGUUGCGGAUGUGUAGGCGGUAGUUCCGCAACGUCAAUCGGUAUUACGAGUGUACUUGCUAGAAAGGUGAGGAUGACGGGCAGGAAGACCCUCGACGAAUGCCACGGGGGAAGACACCGCCAUCCUUUAUCCUACCC